CAAACUGCAACUCCCAGCGGCCCCCGCAGCUUCCGGUUGGCAAGAUGGUGGCGCGCAGGAGGAAGCGUGGGGCCCAGGGCUCCGAGCUGGGGAUUCCGAGCCCGCCCGGGUAUUCAGCCAUCCCGAUCAAGUUCUCGGAAAAGCAGCAGGCUUCCCACUACCUCUAUGUGAGAGAGCACAGAGUUCGAGAAGGCACCAAGUCUUCCUGGCCUCAGAAGCGGACCCUUUUUGUCCUCAAUGUGCCCCCAUACUGCACAGAGGAGUGCCUGGCCCGCCUCCUCUCUCCCUGCGGCCCCGUCCAGUCUGUGGAGUUACAGGAGAAGCCGGACCUUGCUGACCGCUCAGAGGAACCAAAGUCCAAGUUUUUUCACCCCACGCCCGUUCGGGGGUUCCAGGUAGCCUACGUGGUGUUCCAGAAGGCAGGUGGGGUGUCGGCUGCCUUAGCCCUGAAGGGCCCUUUGCUGGUCUCGACAGACAGUCACCCUGUGAAGAGCGGCGUUCACAAGUGGGUCAGCAACUACACAGACUCGGUGCCGGACCCUGAGGCCUUGAGGGUCGAAGUGGACACGUUCAUGGAGGCGUAUGACAAGAGGAUAGCUGAGGAGGAGGCCAAGGCCAAGGAGGAGGAAGGGAUUCCGGACGAGGAGGGCUGGGUGAAGGUGACGCGCCGGGGCCGGCGGCCGGUGCUACCCCGGACGGAGGCGGCGAGCCUGCGGGUGCUGGAGAGGGAGAGACGGAAGCGCGCCCGCAAAGAGCUGCUCAACUUUUACGCCUGGCAGCACCGAGAGACCAAGAUGGAGCAUCUAGCCCAGCUGCGCAAGAAGUUUGAGGAGGACAAGCAGAGGAUUGAACUGAUGCGGGCCCAGCGCAAAUUCCGACCCUACUGAGCUGAGUUGGCCCACGGGCCCCACGGAGCAGAACGGUGAACGGUGACGGUGCGCGGUUGGUGAGGACGCGGAGGUCUGGAACGCUCGUCCCCGGCUGCCCAGGCCGAGGGGCUACCGUGUCAGCCAGCCCCCGAGGCCGGAGUCCCCACGGGUGGGGAGAACGACAGCUCCUCCCUGGGCCCUGGUGCUUCUGCAGUCUCGGGGCCCCAUGCUGGCGGGGCCUGCCCGGUGUGAAGGCUUGUCAGGACGCCACCAGCCUGGGGAGCGCUUGCUCCCUUCUCAUCUCUGUUCCCGGCCUGUUCCUGGACUCUCCUCUCAGGCUAAGUGUCUGCUGUGUUCUCCCCUUCCCCCAUUGGAAGGGCCCCCGCUGGCAGCGAAACGGCCUCGGAAACAGUGCGAAUACAGAACAUUUUAUUUUUCAUCCA